CACGCAAAUUGCAGAGAGGGACAUGAUAACAAAAUAACUAAUAGCUUUGACGGUUGCUAGGAUAUCUUUGACAUACGAAUCAAAACUUUGUUAUAACGUCAUCUUCCUGAUUAAUUUAAAUAAGGUAGUUGUUCUGCCGUUGCUUUAUUUUAAAUGUUAUGGAGCGAUUUACGUGGAAUGAAUUGGCAGAUAUGCAUUUAACCCUUGGUGAAUCCAGAGGAAAUGCUGUAUUGGCUCGCGCGAUUUAUGCUGAACGUUUUCCCAAUCGAAUGGUCCCAGAGAGAAGAUUUUUUCUUAAGGUCGACAGGAGUCUACGUGAGAGAGGACAAUUACAAGUGAACCCAGGCAUAAGAGUUCGUGCAAGACCUAUUCGUGAUAAUGUUGAGGAGGAAAUACUUCACAAUAUUGAAGAGGAUCCAAAUACAAGUACCAGAAAAAUUGCUGAUCAUCUGAGGAUAAGCCAAACGUUGGUUUGGAAAGUUUUGCAUGAUAACCACCUUUAUCCAUUUAAAAAACAAAAGGUUCAGCAUCUGUUGCCCCAAGACUAUGCUAAUAGGUUCGCGUUUGCCACUUGGUAUCUUCAAUAAGAGGCUGAACACCCAGACAUUCGCCAAGCUAUUUUGUUUAGUGACGAAUCAACGUUUUGCCGAGAGGGACAUUUCAACCCAAGAAACAAUCAUGUCUGGGCUAAUGAAAACCCUCAUGCUAAAUUUAUCCGUAGCUACCAACAAAAAUUCUCUGUGAAUGUUUGGGCAGGCAUUAUAGGGGAGAACUUGAUUGAUCCGUACAU